GGUGGCGAGUCACGUGACGGCAUGACGGUUGCUGGGAACUCAGACAAGAUGGCGGCUGCGGGAGACAACCUCGCUGCUGUUGACCACAUCCUGCUGGUUCUUUCUGGCAAAGGAGGAGUGGGGAAAAGUACCAUAACAACAGAGUUAGCACUUGCACUGAGAAAUGCUGGGAAAAGGGUUGGAAUUCUCGACAUUGAUCUGUGUGGUCCAAGCAUCCCUCGGAUGCUGAACGUUCUGAAUAGUGCUGUACAUCAAUGCGAUGCGGGUUGGGUACCAGUUUAUGUAGACAAAGAUAAAACAAUGUGCAUAAUGUCAAUAGGCUUUCUAUUGGAGACUCCAGAUGAUGCUGUGAUAUGGAGGGGGCCAAAGAAAACCGCUCUAAUCAAGCAGUUUAUUUCCGAUGUGGCCUGGGGAGAGCUUGACUAUCUCAUUGUCGACACUCCGCCUGGGACCUCUGAUGAACACAUCUCCGUGGUGGAGUGCCUUCGUCAGCAUAAACCCGAUGGAGCUCUGUUGGUUACAACGCCACAGGCAGUGUCCAUUGGAGAUGUAAGAAGAGAAUUGACAUUUUGCAAAAAAACUGGAUUGCCAGUGGUGGGAAUAAUUGAAAACAUGAGUGGCUUUGUUUGCCCCAAUUGCUCAGAAUGCACUAAUAUAUUUUCCAGUGGAGGAGGCAAGGCACUUGCUGAGCAGUCUCGUGUUCCAUUUUUAGGGUGUGUUCCUCUGGAUCCUCAAUUGUCUCACAGUCUGGAGGAAGGUCGAAAUUUCAUCCAGGCUUUUCCAAAGAGUGCAGCCUUUGAUGCUAUUACUAACAUAGUGGAAAAAAUUUUAAGCAACAAUAAUGAAUCUUCAGCACUUCAUACAUGAGGUCAUUUUUGUAUAUUCAUAUCAAACUGCUGAGGUGGUAAAUUGCAGAAUAGAAGCAUAAAGAACUCUUACUCUUGGAAUGUAAGAAUAAAAUAAUCAAUUUUUUUUCCAGAAAUGGAAACACUUGAACAUUAAUGCCUUUUGUUGUAUCUAUGGAAAUGUGGAAUUAUAAAUCAAUUAUUUGUACCCAGUUACUUUUAUGAAAGUGCCAGAAUACUUUCAACAUGUGUUUGAAAUUAACUGUAUUUACAAUGCCAGACAUUCUGUUCUAGAUAUUAAUGUGAUGCUGCAUUAAGAGUGGUGGAUUUAGGAGGUCAUCCACUCUUAUUAUUUACAACGCUUUGAGGUGGGAACACUUUGCAGAAAGUACUCCAGCCACAAGGCUAACCGAAUUUGUGCAAUAUAGAAUGAAACAAAACUUUGGAAAAUUAGGGAGAAAAAAAGCCUCCAUGUUAGGAAUCAAUCAAAGAUUGGAAAUAAUUUAAUUUAGCAAAAACAAAUGUAGAAAUAGUUCAGAGUCUGUUUGAUUGCCCUGGGUAACUCUGUUUAUUAAAGAUGUCAACUGCAGCUAAGAUGUUCACUUUUGGUGAGUAUUGUCAUCUGUAAACUUAAAAUAAAAGUAAAACUUUUAAAAUUAUUAAAGAAACUCAUUACUAUAAUCAAA